CUCAUUUUCCGCCCUAAACCCUAACCACUCAUUUUCUGUCUUUAUCUCUCUGCAUCGAUAGCUUCAGAAUUGAACGCCUCUUCCCUACCACAUGAAGGUUAAGGCGGCGCAAAGCUGGUUACAAUGGAGGAGGCUUGCGCAUAAGCGUUGAUAUGGCCUGCAGACGGGUAAGGCUUGGAAGGUAGGUUGGAUGACGAUACUGCAUUUGCCGAAGCUAAGAUGUGGUGGUGCUAGUGACAGAGGAUCUGGCCAUAGCAAGUGGUGGUCGAUCUGGCUGCUGCAAGUGUCAGCGUACUCGUUGUGAAGCGAGGGAGAAGUUUGUGUGACAGAGUGGAGGACAAGUUUUGAAAAAGAAUAUUCGGCGGCUAGAGGGUGUUCGGGAUUGGUGGGCAACAACAGGAUCACUAGGAUCGCGACUUGGGAUGUGGUCGUAGCUAGGGCUAGUGGGGCAGAGGUAGGAUUGGGGCUGUGGCGGAGGUCACCGAUGAGUGGAGUGCCGGAAGUUAGUGGUGAUCAGAGUGGCGGAGCUCACUGGACUAGCUAAUGGCGGUGUUGCUUUGACCGGUAGGUUUUUGGGAGCCUUGGGGCUGAGGACGAGUAGUUGGUGGUGGUGGUGAUUGGUGGUUGUGGCGUUACUGUUGUCGGAGUCAUGUGGUGGCGUCAAAGUGGCCGGAGUCACUGUGGCUGGUGGCAGUUGUCACUAGAGACUGGGCUGGGCUAUCGAAACGCUCACAUUGUUCGUGGUUCAAGCUGUUCAGAGAGAGAGAGAGGAUUGUCUUAUCUCGAUGUUUGGAAUGAUGUUCUUAAGACUCGGGGCUUCAUCCUAAAAGGUCAACCUGAUAGAUGGAGAGGCGGGAAGUUUCACCUAAUAGAGUUAGUUACACAAGCAUCAUUAGUGCGUACAACAAGACCAAGGAGUAUCGAAGAUGUGUGUAAUACUAUAACAACUUUAGCAAGCUAAAGAACGGCAGUGGGAGGAUUAAUAGGGCAAUGGGUGGGCUAAUGGUUUAUUUUUUUUUCAAAGAUGAAUAGAGUUAAGGAGUUGGUUAAGGUAUUGCAGGAAA